UAUGUUCCGGGUGCUUCCGUCUCCGUCGGACAAGUUAGUUUUGAGCAACAGAGUUAUUAAGUCAACACUACUGCAGAUAACACCAGAGUAAAAACUAUUGGUGGUCAUUUCUCCCACAAGAUCUCUCUCAAAAAACAGACGCUUCUGUGAAAACAGAAGGACUCAGGGUCGAGAGGACAAAACGUGUGAGGCUAAACUCCACCGCUGGGUGGCGCUGUUACUCGUGUCUGUCUGCCUGCUAAACAGCUGUUAGCAGAAGUCAUGUCUCCAGUGUGUUGACUGUGGUUUGGAAAAGCAAAAUGAAUGCGACUUUUACUUGGGACACCGAAAGCAAACUGGAGGGUCUUACGGAAGUGUGGCAGCCCAGGGAGGGUUUGGCCACGCCCCCAGAGGAAGAGGGCGGGGCUAAGACCGAUGUAGACAAACUAAAGGACCGAUUGGUCCUGUUCUCCGCUAACUCCUCCCCCUCGUGCAUGGAGCUGGCCAAUAGGAUCGCAGAGAGACUGGGAGUAGAGCUGGGGAAGACUGAAGUCUACCAGGAUUCUAGUGGAGAAACGCGUAUCCAGAUCCAGGAGUCGGUCAGAGGGAAAGACGUCUACGUCAUCCAGACCAUCUCACCGGAUGUGAACCGGUGCCUGAUGGAGCUGUGUGUGAUGGCGUAUGGGUGUGUGACGGCGGGUGCGAGGAGUGUGUGUGGCGUGCUGCCCUACCUACCCUACAGCAGACAGAGUAAGAUGAGGAAGAGGGGAUCCAUCGUCUGCCAGCUGAUGGCUUCUCUGAUGUGUAGCGCAGGUCUGACCCAUCUCAUCACCAUGGAUCUUCAUCAGAAGGAGAUUCAGGGGUUCUUCAACAUCCCAGUAGACAACCUGAGAGCUUCACCCUUCCUACUGCAGUACAUAAAGGAGGAGAUUCCAGACUACAGUAAUGCCGUCAUCGUGGCCAAAUCACCGGCCUCCGCUAAGAGGGCCCAGUCCCUAGCCGAGAGGUUGCGUGUGUGUAUCGCUGUGAUCCACGGAGAUGCAGAGACGGACCUGCUGGACGGACGACACUCUCCUCCGACAGUCAGAACCUCUGGAGGUCUACCUCAAGUACCCUUCUGUAUCCCUAAGGAGAAGCGUCCUAUCGCAGUCGUAGGAGAUGUGGUGGGACGCGUCGCCAUCAUCGUGGAUGACAUCAUCGACGAUGCGGUGGGUUUUGUGGCGGCAGCGGAGAUUCUGAGGGAGAGGGGGGCGGGGCCGAUCAUCGCCAUGGCAACACACGCCAUCCUGUCCGCGGACGCUCCCAGAAUCCUCCAGGAGUCAGCCAUCAGUCAGGUGGUGGUAACCAACACGAUUCCCCACUCGUCCCAGAAGCUCCAGUGUUGUAAGAUAAAGACGGUUGAUGUUUCUCUGAUCCUGUCUGAAGCUGUAUGGAGGAUCCACUGUGGAGAGUCGAUAUCUUAUCUGUUCCAUAACAUAGGAGCUGACGACUGACACACACCACACACACACGCACGUUUAUUUUCUGACAAAAUAAAAAAAUGUUGCCAUUUGUUUAAGUUUGGUAUUUGUGCAGCAGAUGUUUUCCAGUGAUGAGAGGUGUCCGUCCUCCUGGAGAUUUUUACUCCCAACCCUGUUCCUGGAGAGCCGUCCUCCUGGAGGUUUUUACUCCAACCCUGUUCCUGGAGAGCCGUCCUCCUGGAGGUUUUUUACUUCAAGUAAAAACCUCCAGGAGGACGGCUCUCCAGGAACAGGGUUGGAGUUAAAACCUCCAGGAGGACGGCUCUCCAGGAACAGGGUUGGAGUUUCACAGCUGAUUAGGGAACACAUUGAUUCCAUUCCCUGUCCUCCUCUAGUUCCUCCCAGCAGCCUCCUCUGCUCUGUACGGUGCAUGCUGUAAUACCGUAUCUAUCCUGGUGUAUAUUACUGGCUCCUACAUGCUGGACUAUUAAACAUCUGUCUGAA